GUCAGGCUCAUGUGUUGGAGGAGACGUCUAAGUGGUCGGACGAAGGCGAACAUCAGAGAAUAUGGCAGAGAGUGAGCCAUAUCUCUCCCCGCAUCGUGAUUGUUGGGACCAGACGGUCCGGCCCCGCUGUCUCCUCGCACAGCUCGUUACCGCCCUCCCGGUUCAGCACUUUAUCAGGCCUGACUUCGCUCACACGUGGACGAGGGGUCUUCCAGAUGGUUAUCUCUCUCCUCCGACUACCGGAAUACCAUUGGAGGAAUUGGAAUCCCUUCACAACGGCAGCAUGAGGAACACAGGAGUCAGUGGUGCUCUUGCAGCCGGCUUAUACGCCACGGCGGCUGUUGCUCAGACGCAAUGCUCCAACAUUCUUGUGCCGACAUACUCACCUCCGGUCGUCGCCAGCGGAUGGCAGGCGCAGCUAGUCGCCGGCGGUCUGACCAAGCCUCGGAGCAUUGCUUUUGACAGUACCGGCGCUCUGCUGGUCGUCGAGAGCGGGCAAGGCAUCAGCCGGCACAGGUUCACCGACAACGGCGGGACAUGUCUGGCGUCCAACCACUCGCACAUGCUGGUUGAUCUGGCGACACUCAACCACGGACUCGCCCUUUCCAAUGACGGCAACACCAUAUACGCCUCGUCGGCUGAAGCCGUCUUUGCAUGGGCCUACGACGCUAGAGGCGGCAGGGUCACCGGCCAACCACAGACAAUCGUCGCCAACAUGAGCAACAGCGACCUCGUCACUCGUACGCUCCUCAUGUCCAAGAAGCAGCCCGGCACACUGCUCGUGUCCCGCGGCAGCGGCGACAACGACGCGAUCCAAACCGAGGAUGUUACCAACGGCCUGUCGCAAAUCCGCGCCUUCAACCUGACCAAUCUCACCUCCAGCUCAUCACCCUACAACUUCAACACUGAUGGCGCCGUCCUCGGUUGGGGCCUGCGCAACAGCGUCGGUGUGAGCGAGCACCCCGUGACGGGCGGCAUCUACGCCGUCGAGAACAGCGUCGACGGCGUCCAGCGCAACGGCGUCGACGUGCACGAGAACAACCCCGGCGAAGAGCUCAACUUCCUGGGCUACCUGAAUGGCACCCAGGGCGGCACCGGCAACUUUGGGUACCCGCACUGCUUUGCCGUGUGGCAGGUGGACGAAAUUCCCGAGAACGACGGGCUGGCCGUCGGCAAGCAGUUCGCCGUGCAGGAAAACAGCACGCUCCGCGACGAGACGUGCGCCGAGGACUAUGUCCCGCCGAGGCUGACCUUCCCUGCGCACUAUGCGCCGCUGGAUAUCAAGUUUUCGGCGGGCGGCGAGGAGGCGUAUAUCACAUUUCGCGGGAGCUUCGACCGGUCUUCGCCCGUCGGAUAUCGUCUCUCGUCCAUCGCCUUCAACGCCGCCACCGGCGAGCCUGUUGCUGCGGCGGAUAGUAAUGAUGCCCUCACUGAUGUGCUGACCAACCCGGACAACACUGCCUGCCCAGACAGGUGCUUCCGGCCGGUCGGCCUGGCGUUUGACAGCGCCGGCAGGCUGUGGAUGUCGUCGGACUCGACGGGCGAGAUCUACGUGCUGCAGCGGACGGGCGAAUCGGGCAGCGGGACGUUCGUGCAACCGAGUGGUGGGAGCGGCAGCGGAAGUAACAGUGGAGGAAACGGCGGCGGCAGUGACAACGCGGCGGCUGGGCUGCGGGCCAGUGAGACAGCGAUGACGGACUGGAUGAUCGCCGCUGCACUUGGUGUUUGGUUGGCGGUGGUCUGAGUAGACUGACAGAUACUCUGCUUUUUCGUCGUCCCACUCACUGCCAAUAAACUGUUACAGAAUCAACCUCCAUC